AUGGCCUCCAAAACGUUCAACGUCGGAAUCGUGGGCUACGGCUUCAGCGCCAAAACAUUCCACAUCCCCUUCAUCCAGGACGUCCCGCAAUUCAAGCUGUAUGCUGUUGUUCAGCGCACUCCCACUCCCGAGAAUGACGCCGAGAAGGACCACCCGGGCAUCAAGUCCUACCGCAGCGCCGAGGAGCUCGUUCAGGAUGCGGGGGUCGAUGUAGUUGUUAUCACCACAGCGCCAGACUCACACUACUACCUGGGCAAAUUGGCCCUGGAGAGUGGAAAGCACGUUAUCUGCGAGAAACCAUUCACCCCUACCUACAAAGAAGCCGCCGAGCUCGUCGAGAUCGCAAAGAAGCAGAACAAGUUCCUCGCCGUCUACCAGAACCGCCGCUGGGACGCCGACUUCGUCACCCUCUCCAAGCUCGUCAAGAACGGCUCGCUCGGCCGCGUCGUCGAGUACGAAACCCACUUCGACCGCCACCGUCCCCAAGAACCCGCGCCUACCGUCUCGAAGUGGAAGAACAAGGUUGUACCCGGAGGCAGCGCGAUCCAUGAUCUCGGCUCCCAUCUGCUGGACCAGGCUGUGUAUCUGCUUGGCAAGCCGGACCGGGUGACUGGUUUCGUUGGGUCGCAGCGCGAAGUCAACACUUCUGGAUAUGAAGACUCGUUUACGGUCCUCCUACACUAUAACAGUGGUGUGCUGGUUACGGCGAAGGCGGGUGUUGUCAGUGCCGAGGAGGAGCAGUUGAGGUUCUGGGUUAGGGGUGACAAGGGUAGCUUUAAGAAGUUCCACCUUGACUGUCAAGAAGACCAACUCAAGGCCGGUAUGAGGCCAGGCGACAGUGGAUACGGCAGAGAGCCGAGCGAGCGAUACGGUACCCUCACCACCAUCAAAGACGGCAAGCCCGUCUGCGAAGUCACUCCCACCGUCGAGCCCCCUACCUGGUCAGAAUACUACCGGAAGAUGGCCCGGGCUCUGGCCGGCGAGGGCGACCUGCCCGCCAGCGGCGAGGAGGCAGCGGAGGUCAUUCGUUUAAUCGAGUUGGUGCAGGAGAGCUCCAAGCAGGGCAAGACGUUGGACUUCUAA